AUGACCGACAAUCAUUUGCCUUUAGCUCCACCCGCCACCGCUGAGAAACUCCCCUGUGCCUCCGACCUCAGCGCUCUGGUUCGUCUGCUCUAUUCUUACCAGCAUCGAGCAAAUUUUGUUGACGUUGCGCCGUGGAUUAAAAUCAGAGUGAAUCGGCAGCAAUACGAUUUACUUCGCGAAACGAUUGAACGACUAUUCCGGCGGUUCGAUUUUGACCCAACCCGUAAAACUCUUAUCCUCCGCAUGCCUUCAGCGGUCCACGACUUCUUCUCGAAUCUUGUAGCUGGGGAAUUACGGGAUCGGUUACAGGGUAUUGCCAGUCAAGGAGGCAAUAUAGGCACCCUCGCCGCGAAUAUCAUUAGUGGAGGCUCGUCCCGGAUUCGUCUGUCAGAAGGGGUACCAGAAUCCUCAAGUGUUAUAGAGCGUCGACCUGACGCACAAUUUCAGCACACAGGGGCCGUCUAUCCAGGCGUCGUACUAGAAGUGUCUUACACACAGGAUGGUAAAAAUGUGUCCAAAAUUGCCCAGGACUACAUCUUAUACUCCAACGGGGAUGUCAAGGCCGUAAUCGGUGUUAGAGUCAAUAAAGAUAAGGAUGCCAGCCUCUCACUAUGGUCUCCAAAAUAUACUCGGUCCGACGGAAAGGAGGUGCUGGAGGCUGAAGAAAUCAUUUCGAAUGCAUCAAGAGGCAGUGCUGAUCCGUAUUACUUUUAA